GUAGGAAGAAAGGUACCAGAGAUCACAUCUUCGUUUGGGUGUCACGCCUCUCUCUCCCUCUCCCCGAUUCUCUGAUUCUCUCGUGUUUUUUCCUUUGCUGAUCUGACCAGCUUAAAAACCCUAAGAGUUUGCUAAAAUAUUUUGAGAAUCUUUAGUUAUAGCAUUGGUUUGAUGGGAGAGAUCGGAUUAUUCCGGUAGAAUAAGCCAAAUUUUGGCGUGAUUGGUCGAAAUCCGGCGUGAGUUCCCGACGGUCGUGAUCGGUGCGUCUGUUUGUUGUCUUAUACGCAUGAGCUGGUUCGUUAACCUGGGGAUUUCUUCGAAUUCGAACCAUUUCAUCACCUGCCUCUUGAUUUUUAUCCUCCAUUAUUCGCCUCAGUUGCCUCCUGCCUUGUUUAAAUUUGAGAAGCCAUUGGAGCCUAGAUUAAAUUCAGAACAAUAUGGAGUCGAGAUAUCAGAGUAAUCGCCAAUUGAAGAGAGCUGCUUGCUACUCAACUGUUGGGGGAAGGCAAUCCUCACCUUCUGUCAUUGUCAUAGGUGGUGGCUUUUCUGGUAUUGCGGCUGCUCGUGCUCUCCAUGAUGCCUCCUUUCAGGUUGUUUUGUUGGAAUCACGGGAUAGAAUUGGAGGUCGUGUAUACACCGACUAUAGUUUUGGUUUUCCUGUUGACUUGGGUGCAUCAUGGUUGCAUGGAGUUUGCAAAGAGAAUCCUUUGGCACCUGUGAUUGGAAGACUCGGACUACCUCUCUAUCGUACUAGUGGAGAUAACUCUGUACUGUAUGACCAUGAUUUGGAGAGCUAUGCACUCUUUGAUACCAAUGGGAAUCAAGUUCCUCAAGAACUGGUGACAAAGGUUGGUGAAGUAUUUGAGAACAUUUUAAAAGAGACAGACAAAGUCAGGCAGGAGCAGAGUGAUGACAUAUCAAUAAGCCGUGCUGUUUCAAUUGUUUUUGAAAGGCGGUCAGAUCUGAGGCAAGAAGGUCUUGCUUACAAGGUAUUGCAGUGGUACUUGUGUAGAAUGGAAGGUUGGUUUGCUGCAGAUGCAGAUACCAUCUCACUUAAUGGCUGGGAUCAGGAAGUACUGCUUCCAGGUGGCCAUGGACUAAUGGUUCGGGGUUACCGCCCAGUUAUAAACACUCUUGCUAAAGGUCUUGACAUUCGUUUAGGCCACAGGGUUACAAAGGUUGUUCGACGAUAUAAUGGAGUCCAAGUCAUCACUGAGGAUGGUACAACAUUUGUAGCCGAUGCAGCUGUUAUUUCUGUUCCCCUUGGAGUAUUGAAAGCCAAAAUCAUUGAGUUCGAACCAAGGCUACCAGAAUGGAAAGAAGAAGCCAUAGAAGGCCUUGGAAUUGGGAUAGAGAACAAGAUAGUUCUACACUUUGACAAGAUUUUCUGGCCAAAUGUGGAGUUCUUGGGAGUGGUUGCUUCUACUACAUAUGGAUGCAGCUACUUCCUAAAUCUUCACAAAGCAACAGGUCAUCCUGUCCUUGUGUAUAUGCCUGCAGGACAGCUCGCCCAAGACAUAGAGAAGAUGUCUGAUGAAGCUGCUGCAAAUUUUGCAUUUAUGCAACUCAAGAAGAUACUUCCAGAUGCUUGUGAACCAAUUCAAUAUCUUGUCUCUCACUGGGGAGCGGAUGUCAAUUCGCUUGGAUCAUAUAGCUAUGAUAGAGUAGGGAAAUCCCAUGAUCUGUAUGAGAGGCUAAGGAUCCCUGUAGACAAUCUCUUCUUUGCUGGGGAGGCAACAAGUAUGGCCUAUCCAGGGUCUGUCCAUGGAGCAUUCUCCACUGGACUGAUGGCUGCCGAGGACUGCAGAAUGCGUGUCCUAGAAAGGUACGGGCAGUUGGAUUUGUUCAACCCUGUCAUGGGUGAAGAGACGGCAUCUGUGUCUGUCCCUCUUCUCAUCUCUCGGAUGUAAUUAAUUAAUCUACGUAAAUCUGGAUAGCCUUUUUGAUUGGAAUCCAUGUAAACAUGGGAAAUCCAUUGUUUUCUUAGGAUUUCCCAGGCAUUUCCAAGUGAUGUGUUUUCAUUGUCGAGUAAGCUAGUGUGUGUGUGUCUCUGAGUAUGUGGACUUAUUUUCUUGUCAGUAUGUAGACUGUUUCUCGAGAAAUACGCUCACUUCAUAAGUGGGAGUUAUAGUUAUUAUUGGACUGCAGCAGAUAAAUAGAUUACUACUAUAAGAAGAGAUUUUAAGACA